AAAAAACAAUCACCUAAUGGAGAGACGGAACCACCAACUGAAAAUUGUGGUUGCAUCGGAGGCCAUUUUCUGAAGCUCUGUGAAGAGAUAGCCUACUUAGCGCUACAUAAUCAGUUUUUAUUAAACAGCUUAUGUGCGAAUAUAAACAGAAGACGAGAGUCUGCUGGCCCGUUUGUCAGCCAUGAUGUCCCAUGGAUUUAAAAGUAGUAAGCAAGACUUUACAUUUGGACCAUGGAAGGUUACGGCAGAAAAAACCCACAUCAUGAAAUCUAAAGACAUUGAGCGUCUAGCUGAAGAAAUGCACAUGCCUGCCCUGCCCGAGAUGCUUUUCGGGGACAAUGUGCUGCGCAUUCAGCAUACGGACAACUUUGGGAUCGAGUUCAACGCCAUCGACGCCCUGAAAUGCGUCAACAACCUGCAGGAAUCUGUAAAAGUGGCCUGUGCUCAGGAAUGGCAGGAGAGCAGAGCUGAUUCAGAGCACUCCAAAGAGGUGGUGAAACGCUAUGACUGGACAUAUACCACAGACUACAAAGGAACCUUACUAGGGGACGCAGUGAAGAUGAAGGUGGUGCCCACAACGGAGCGCAUCGAUAUGGAGCGGCUAAAAGCACGAGAGCAGAUCAUGUUCUUUGAGGACGUUUUGCUUUUUGAGGACGAGCUCCAUGACCACGGCGUCUCCAUGAUCAGUGUUAAGAUCAGAGUGAUGCCCACCGGUUUCUUUGUGCUGCUGCGGUUCUUCUUGCGGGUCGAUGGGGUGUUAAUCCGAAUCAACGACACUCGGCUUUAUCAUGAGGCUGGUAAGGAUUAUAUGCUGAGAGAGUUCACGACUCGAGAAAGCAAAGUUUCAGCACUACAGCAUGUUUCCCCUGCUCUAUUCACGGACCCCAACGAGAUUUGCCAGCUAUUGCCUCUGAAGCUGACGGAGUGUGAGAAGCUGGAGUUCCCAGAGAUGAGCUCCCAUUCUGGGUGUACAGACGCGGCGCAGUGACAGACCGCCGCAGAUCUGCAUAGUGGAGGAGGAGGAAGCCUGAUGUCUGAAGCUCAGUGGCUUCAUCUAGACUCCUCACCGUGGGUGUGGUGACACCCAGGCAGGCACAGCCGCCCUGCUUCCAUGUGACAUCAGCAUUUCAGACGGAGAGGAACCUAUAGACUUUUUUUCCUCCCUCAGACUCACUCGUGAAACUUUCCUGCUUGUCUUAGAUGGAACUUCUCAUUAGUAUAGUGAAGGGAUCUUUUAUUUCAUAAUUUAAUAUUACUUCUUUCAUGAGCACUUGUAACAAUGUCCUUGUCAUUUGUUACUUAAUCACCUGUAAAUGUUUGAAAAUGAAAAUGAGAGAUACUGAACUAUGUUUUACUAUGGAGAACCAUUAAAUUGGGGGAAACGAUUACUGUAAAUCACAAGAUAUAGCUUGGCAUUUUGAAGUAGAACAGUUUUAAUUUACACUUCUUGAUCUUGAUACAACACAACAAGGUACAUAAGUGCAUACGUAGAAUUACGUGAAUUCCCAUUCGGUGCUAUUUUGGUCUUAUGUGCACAGGGCCACUGCAAAAUGCAUUUUAAAUUGCUAUCAACCAUCUAUCACUCAAUUAAAAUAAAA